AUGUUCGCACAUAAGAAGAUACACAAAGGUACGCGGAGGUCACCAGAUGGACGACAUAUAAACCAAAUAGACCAUGUGCUUAUAAAUGAAAGAUUUAAUAACAGUAUUUUAGAUGUAAGAACCGUACGUGGAGCUGAUAGCGAUUCAGAUCACUUUCCUGUGGCAGGUAGACUACGAGUGAAAUUAAAAAGAAGACAAGAAAUAAAGAGAGGAGGAGCUACGGGACGGUUUGACAUCACAAACCUUAACAAUCCAGCGGUAGUUAAGAAUUUUCAAAAAGGUAUAGAGGAAAAGUUAAGAAUAAUAAUUGCAAGUGGGUCAGGUAGAGAAGUGGAAUUAAGGUGGAAAACGGUAAAACAACUUAUUCAAGAUGAAGCAGAAAAAACAAUAGGGAAACAAAAGACAAGGAAAAAAACCUGGUUUAAUGAUAUUUGCGAAGAAGCCAUAGAAAGAAGAAAGAAUGCUAGAAAUAUAUGGCUGUUCGACAUUGAGAAUGUGGUGAAGUUAGAAAGAUUCAAAAUGAGACAACGGGAAGCGAGUAACAUAUUAAGAUGCGAAAAAAGAAAAUAUUUACAAAACAUACUUAAGGAGGCAGAACAGGAUUUUGCUAGUCAUAAUACAAAAGACCUAUAUAAAAAGGUUAACUUCUUAAGUAAGGAAUAUAAGCAGCUGGUGAAAGUUCUCAAAAAUGAUGAUGGAACGCUAAUCACAUCUAAAGAAGAGAUAACAAAUAAAUGGACGAACUAUUUUAAGCAGCUGUUGAACUGUAAUACACCAGAUAGUUUAUUCCACUUUGAGAAUAUGGAAACUAAUAAUACAAUCUGCCUAGCACCGCCAUGGGCAGAAGAUAUUUUAGGAGAUUAUCAAGCAGGUUUUAGACAAAUUAGAUCUACCACAGAUCAGAUAUUUGUUUUGAAACAAAUUUUCCAAAAAAUAUGGGAGUUUAACAGAGAAGUACAUGUACUAUUUAUUGAUUUCAAGAAGGCGUAUGAUUGCAUACAUAGAGAAUCUAUGUUGAAUGUACUAAAACAGUUCAAAUUGCCCCAGAAAUUAAUUAAUCUGAUCAAAGCAAACAUCCUACACACGGAAAUCAAGAUCAGAGUUGGCAAUAUUGUAUCACAAGGGAUACCAGUAUCGACUGGUUUGAGACAAGGGGACGCUCUGUCAUCCAUACUAUUUAAUAAAGCGUUAGAAAGGGUCAUCAGGGAGAGCCGUAUUGAAGAUAACGGUGUACGAUUGGGAGGUUGCAUAAUAGGAGUAUUGGCCUACGCAGACGAUAUAGUAUUACUUGCGGAAAAGAAGGAAAAUCUCAGGGAGCAAGCGGGAAAACUAUUAGAUACGGCAAAAAGAAUAGGUUUAGAAAUAAUUUUUCAAAGAAAACAAGAAGAUUUUGAAUCCUUUGAUAAAUGUUUAAGAGACAUUAAGACUAUUACAAAAAGAUGUGAAUUUGGAGACCUAGAAGACAGUAUGGUUAAAAUAUGUGUUGUCUUGGAGUACGUGAUAAAGGAUUACAAGAAAGGUUAUUAA